AACAAACCCGCUGAAGUCAGCACUGGUUGGAAAUAACUUUAUUUUUGAGGUAUAAUUAUUACGACAUUGAUGCCACAACCUUGCUCUAAAACAGAUGGAAGGCAACAGGUUUAGCGAAUAAAACUGCUCACCCUUUCGAUAAUUGAGUUAAUCUAAAAUACAGAAAUGCAGUCUAGAUUCACCGUGGCAUCAACGCAGAUGGUUAUCCGUGUCCAAUCCAGAAACGAACUGAUCUUUGUCUAUCGUUUAGAGACUACAGAACGAAUAAUCGAAUGCCACACCAAUGCACUCAUGGUCACCAUCUCAUGUCUAGGGUUCAUCUUAUUCGUUAUUGGUUGAUCUGUUGGAUUUUUGUUUUGUUUUAUCGACUGGAGAGGUUUAUUUUGUAGUGACUGAGUGUUCUCCUGUUCUUGAGGGUUGACUCGGUGACACUGGGUCAUUUGUUGUUACCAGGGCCGCUCAGAGGACCAGCCGAGCCGAGCCGAAUCGAGUCGCGUUCGUGAGGGGGGCUUGGCGGGUUUGAAGAGCGCACGGCUUCCCAUGAUCAAAGGCAAACUCCCCAGCUUGAUGUCUUCAGUCGUGGCUCCAGUCCAAGAGUUCAACAGGAUGGAGGCGAAGAAAGUGGAGCUGAUUCUGGUAAAGGAACAGAAUGGCGUUCAGUUCACCAAUUCCGCUCUGCUCAGCUCUUCCCAACUUCCUGGAGAAGGGGAGGGCGAGCCCGCGAACAGGGAGACCUGGGCCAAGAAGAUCGAUUUCUUGCUCUCGGUUGUUGGUUUUGCCGUGGACCUGGCCAAUGUCUGGAGGUUCCCUUAUCUUUGUUAUCGCAACGGUGGAGGGGCAUUUCUUGUUCCUUACCUGUUCUUUAUGUUCAUUGCUGGAAUGCCACUAUUUUACAUGGAAUUGGCACUGGGACAGUUCAACAGGGAAGGGGCUGCAGGAGUUUGGAAGAUCUGCCCCAUAUUUAAAGGUGUUGGCUUCACAGUUAUCCUGAUUGCAGUGUAUGUUGGUUUCUAUUACAAUGUAAUCAUCGCCUGGGCGCUCUAUUAUCUAUAUGCGUCUUUUACCGUGGAACUACCUUGGAUCCAUUGCAACAAUAGUUGGAAUAGCCCCAAUUGUUCUGACUUCAACAACUUUGUACAGCAAAAUACAUCCACAAAGUAUUAUGAGUACAAAUCCAAUCCUGCUGCUGAAUACUAUGAACGUGGUGUUCUUCACCUUCAUGAAAGUGCUGGGAUCCAUGACAUCGGCAAACCCAGGUGGCAGCUCACCUGCUGCUUAUUUGUGGUUAUUGUCAUUCUUUACUUCAGCCUGUGGAAGGGAGUUCGAACUUCUGGCAAGGUUGUCUGGAUUACUGCCACUAUGCCAUAUGUGGUUCUUACAAUCUUACUGCUUCGUGGAGUUACUCUCCCUGGAGCGAUUGAUGGAAUCAAAGCAUAUCUCAGCGUUGACUUCUUACGCCUCCGUAAAGCCUCAGUUUGGAUAGACGCAGCUACACAGAUAUGUUUCUCACUUGGAGUGGGUUUUGGUGUACUAAUAGCUUUUGCAAGCUACAACAAAUUUAAUAACAAUUGUUACAGGGAUGCAAUCGUUGCCAGUUCUGUCAACUCCGUGACAAGCUUCUUCUCGGGUUUUGUUGUCUUCUCUUUCUUGGGUUAUAUUUCAAAACGACAUGGAGUGGCUCUGGAGGAUGUGGCCACUGGAGAAGCUGGAUUGGUCUUCAUCAUUUACCCAGAAGCAAUUGCCACUCUUCCUGGUUCAUCAGUUUGGUCAGUCAUCUUUUUCAUCAUGCUUCUGACACUGGGACUUGACAGCGCAAUGGGUGGCAUGGAAUCAGUCAUUACAGGACUGAUUGAUGAAUUCAAACCGCUGCGUAACCACAGGGAGAUCUUUACACUGCUCAUCAUUACAAUUACCUUUCUGGUGUCUCUCUUCUGUGUAACUAAUGGUGGCAUCUAUGUGUUUACUUUACUUGACAAGUUCUCAGCAGAGACAUCCAUAUUGUUUGGAGUACUUAUAGAAACCGUUGGUGUCUCCUGGUUUUAUGCAUACAGACAUAAACAAGCCUGGAGUCACGAAACUAAAACUCCAGGGCCAACAGUCUCUCCAGCAGACCAGGCUCCCUCCACCUGAGCUUUCAAACCAGGGAGUGCACUGAAAAGUAGUGGGCGCAAGAGGAAUGAAAAGACUUAUUGAAAGUACUUUUUUUUUGGCACAGGUAACAAUGCAUUUAAUUGAUUUUGUGCUUGUAUAUAAAUGUCACUGAUUGCACCUUAGUUUUGGUUAGUGCUCUCUCUGGCAUUGUUUCAUGGCCACAGGUAAAGUUCCAUAGAGGUCAGUGCUGAGAACCUGCUGCAUCAUCUGGAAGUAAGAGGAUCUAUUUGUAUAUAUGGCAUUGGUCAUGCUGACUCCUUUCG